CACAUAGGGUUGCCAGUUUCUCGGAUUAUAUCCCCCUAAUGAGAUAAUCCUGGCAACCCAGGAUGCAUCAACCGGUCAGCUAAAACACAAACAUUAGCUGGGCUAAAUCCACUGAACCCUAAUGUCAUUUUCCAACUAAAACAUUAUUUUUGGCAAAUGAGACAAAUGAUAAAAAGGAAAACAUUAAUAAAUAUACGAGCUGGUGUUUGUCAGUUUACCAAACUGACUAGAUGUUCGACCAAUCCCAAGCCUCCGCUAGGAAAGAGGAAAUACGUAGACAAACAGUCACCAGGACGCUUAACAUGGCGUCAGAUUUAAACGGUUCAAGAAGAAUUUAGCAAAUAAGUUAACUUUCUAUGUUUAUAAAUUGAAGUUAUUGGUAUUUGAAUACUUGAUCGCUUUCGGGUUUUAGACAUUUAACACAAAAUGGACUGCUUGUUCAUUUUAACUGCGUUUUUAUUGUUUAAAAAACCGUUGUUGACAUUUGCCCGGUUUUAGCCAGACUAGCUCCACGGACCGUACUGUACUGUUGAGAGUUGGCUGGCAAAGCAACGUAGCAGCCAAGCAACCUCAGUUUCCCAAGGCGUCUUUCUCUCUCGUUUGUGAAAACGGGAUAAUUUAAUCCCAGAGGAGUUGAUACGAGGAAAAUAGAAUACAUUCGGUAGAUUACGGGCGACAUCAACACACAGACCGAGAUACACAUUUAACGUCUAAAGUUAGUCAGGAUCAACAAGCGGCUUGGUUUCCAAGGUAACCUGGGGUAUAACCCGAAUUCAGUUUGCCGCUUGCAGGGGCAGAACCAGACAGCCAGACACAGUUAAAUAUCAACAAUGCCGACCGAGGAACCCGUCAGUUCUGAUCGUCGCCGAACACACAACCGGGACCAGCCGAGGCGCAAGCACAGCGGACUGCCCAAGUCUCCGUCGCUACGGGCGACACAUCCGCGAGCCGCUGUGAGCUCCGCCACGACCGCGGAUGACGAGAUCAACAGGGUGAAGGAGGUGGUGCCUCCGUGCGAGGCAUGCGAGGCGGGGACGCAGGCGCUGAGGUGGCGGGUGGCGAAGCUGGAGCAGGAGAAGCUGGAUAUGGUCUCCACACACAACCAGGAGGUGUCGGGGCAGCAGGCGGGGCAGGCCAGGCUGCGGGCGAAGCUGGAGCGAGGGGAGGAGCACCUGCAGGAGCUGCAGUACCAGCUGGCCCUCACCAGGAGAGAAGCUGCAUCCUCACACCACCACACCUCCACCCUCACCUCCAACCUCACCUCCCUCACCACCCAGAAGCAGCUGCUGCAGGAGCGUGCUGCGGAGCUGCACCAGAGUGUGUGUAACCUGCAGAAGGCUCUGGAGAUCUCCCGCCAGGCGUGGGAGGAGGACCAGCAUGCCCUGCAGCAGGACCUGGAGGAGCGGGACCAGCUGGUGCUGAACGCCAGCGCAGAGAACACACACCUCACCGCCGAGAACACACGCCUACACACACUGCUGCAGGAGCAGGAGGCUGUGCUGGGAGAACUGAAGAAGAGGCUGGAGGAGGGAGAGAGGGAGAGAGAGAGGGAGAGAGAGAGAGCUCGGAGGAUAAGCAGUGAUCUGGAACUGAUCACCGCUCGCGAGGAGAAGACCAGGAGAGACCUGGAGGGGGCCCAGCAGAGAGUGAGGAGUCUGGAGGACAGCAUAGAGACAGAGAGAGCUGCUCACCUGGAGACCAAGUUCAACUCUGAGAUCAUACAGCUGCGUCUCAGGGACCUGGAAGCAGCAGUGCAGGCGGAGUGUGUCGGCCAGCAGGAGGCGCUGUCCAGCCUGCAGCAGCUCAGAGACACACACACAUCCCUCACCCUGGAGAGAGACAGGCUGCAGAAGGAGGUCCACAGCUCCCAGGCUGAGCUGCUGGAGGAGCAGAGACUACACACACAGCUGCUGUGUUCUGUGGAGAAGGAGAGGAGAGACGCAGCACAGCUGAGAGACCAGAUCCUGGAGGAGCAGAGACUACACACACACACACGCACACAGCUGGACAUGGUAGCCCGGAGGCUGCAGGAGCUGUAUGAGAGCAGCGUGAGAGACACACAGCAGCUGCUGCACCAGCACACCUCAGACCAGCACACCUCAGACCAGCACACCUCAGACCAGCACACCUCAGCAUCACUCUCCUCAGGUGUGUCAUCAGUAGAGACAGGAGGAAAGCCCUCUGAACUGAUGGACCUGCUGAAGACCACUCUGUCUACCUUCCAGCACACCCUGCAGCAGACUAGAGCACAGGUCCAGGAUCUGCUCCAGCAGAAAGAGUAUAGCCAGCAGCUGAUCUCAGAACACCACAGGAGGAUAGAGGAGUGUGGAGCGAUGCUGGCUGGCUGUCAAGAAGAGGUGGGACGUUUGCGAUCUGAGUGUUCUGAUUGGAUGAGCCAGAGCCAGAAGGCCCAAUCAGAACUCCAGGUGGCCCUGCAGACCCUGGAGGAGGAGAGAGAGAGGAGGAGGGAGAGAGAGAGGGAGGAGAGGGAGAGAGAAGAGGUGAGGGAGGAGGAGAGAGAGAGGAAAGAAAUACAGAGGGAGAAGGAGAGAGAGAGGGAGAAAGAGAGUGCUGCAGGUGCACUGACCGAAGUUCAGAAGAUCACAGAACUCUACGAGAGCGACUCCCAGGAGAAGCUGGCCUUCCUCCUCUCUCUCUACCAGCGUCUCCUGGCCGGCUGUGUCCUCCUUCCUCACACGCACGGCAUGCUGGGAAGCUUCUCCUGGGCGGAGCUCUGUGAUGUCAUACAGGAACACGUCGACACCCUGACCUCCGACCUCUCCCACGCCCACGACAGGGUCAGUCUGCUGGAGGGGGUUUGUGACAGGAGGAGUGAGUGUGUGCGUGAGCUGGAGCAGAGGCACAGGAGUGUGUUGGAGACCAUGAAACAGAGAGAGGACACCUGGAACACACACACACACCUGCUGGAGCAGAAACGCCUCACACACACCGCCCAGAUGCAGAACAAGAUCCAGGUGUGUGUCUCCCAGGUCCAGGCCCUGCAGGAGAGAGAGUGUUCCCUGGAGCAGGAGCGCUCAGCCCUGCAGGGGGCCUGCCUGCUGCUGGGGGGGGCCCUGGGGCCCCUGCUGGAGCGCUGCCACGCCCUCUCUCUGCUGGUGCGGGGGGGGUGUGUGUGGUGUUGGCCGUGA